GGUCCAGUCUCAACCACCCUUUAAAGACAUUGUGCCGAAACGUCAAACUCCGGCUCCGUGCGAGACGAUUUUCAGCAAAACGACGGAUCGUGCACCGAAAAGUGCGAGCUAGUGCAACAAAAUUAACUUCCCAUCACGUUCUAAUCGGGAGCUACUGCCGCCGAAAUGUCCGCUCCGACGGCCGCGAUGAUCGCCCACACCCGCCGGGUUUGUUCGCUGUACAAGAAAUCCCUCCGGAACCUGGAAUCCUGGUAUGACCGCAGGCACAUCUUCCGCUACCAGGCCGUGCUGAUGAGGGAGCGCUUCGAUAAGCACAAGAAAGAACGUGAUCCGGCCAAAAUUGCCCAGCUGUUGGCCGACGGAGAACGGGAACUGUUCGAAACUCAGCACUUCCAGCCGAAGAAAUUCCCCAUGUCGCCCGGCGGCGUUGCCUUCGAGCGAGAGGUCAUCCCCCCGGAUUGGGUGCUGGACUAUUGGCAUCCGCUGGAGAAGGCUCAGUUCCCGGAGUACUUUGCUCGCCGCGAGAAGCGCAAGGAGGAGUACGUGACCUGGUGGGAGAAGCAGUACGGUAAGACGUCCGCCACGGAAGGCUCGCACCACCACUGAAUCCAAGCGGCGCUGAAUUCGCUGAAUACAUAUAUUGUGCUUUUCUUUAUUGCAAACCUAACCAGCGUAAGCAACUACCAUCGAUACUGGUCAGAGCUAAAUAGAGGAAUAACGUUGAUUUAGAACUGUA